ACAUUGCCAAAAGUACUCUCUUUUAUUAAACAAAGAAAGCAAGAAGUGAACUGUCACAAUUAUCUAUUUCCAUUUCGUUAAGAUUCACAAAUUUUCUUCAUUCUCCUUAAGCUUCUAUAUAAUUAGUACAUAACUCUUCCCCACAAAUCACAAACAAACCCACAAAACCCUAUUCUUAGAUCUCUCAUCUAGCCGCUUCUCGAAAACCAUGGUGGCACUCAUGAAAAAUCUAUGUUUUGCUUUCGUCAUCCUUACUUCUUUUGCGACCCUCUUCUCCGUCGCUGAUGCACGUCGGUUUUACGUCGGAGGUAGCCGCGGUUGGGUCAUGAACCCACGCGAAAAUUACAAUACUUGGGCUGAAAGAAACCGUUUCCAAGUCAAUGAUACUCUCUACUUUAAGUAUGCCAAGGGAUCGGACUCAGUGCAACAAGUGAUGAAAGCAGAUUACUACGGCUGUAACGUUAGGAAUCCGUUAGAGAAGUUUGAUAACGGAGAGACUGAGGUUGCUCUUAACCGAUCUGGUCCGUUUUAUUUCAUUAGUGGUAAUCAAGAUCGCUGUCUGAAGGGACAGAAGUUGAUCGUCGUUGUCCUAGCUAUCAGACAUCCCAAGAAGGUUCCUAUUUCUCCGGCGAAACCUCCUUCGACGACUCAACCUCCACAAGCUCACUCCCCUGGUUCUCCUGUUGCGCCAGCGAUGGCACCGUCAACGCCUCAACCUCCUAAAUCUCAUUCCCCUGUUUCUCCCGUUGCUCCGGCGAAGGGUCCCUCAUCUGCCGAGUCUCCAAAAGCUCACUCCCCUGUUUCUCCACCGGCGAAAGCUCCGUCUACGACUCAGCCUCCAAAAGCUCAUUCCCCUGUUUCUCCAAUCGCUCCAGCGACCGCUCCGUCAGCAACUCCAACGCCUGAUCAUUCACCGGCUUCUCCAGCGCCUGAGAAUACUCCACCGUCGUCACCAGCUCCUCCUCAAUCCACUCCGGCCGAUAACAUCAAUGCGCCAGCGGCAAGUACCAAAAAUGCAGCGAGUGUUGUGGCCGUUACUUCGGUUAUGACCACAGUAUUAAGUGUGGCUUUUACUGUCUUAAUGUUCGCUUGAGCUUUAAUUAACAAAUGGUUGUUCGUGUUUGAUUUACAUUUCUUUGUUGUGUUGCUGAGUUUUUUAUUCGAGUCGCUACUCUUUUAUCUGUUUAUUAUUUGUUCUGAGUGUCGUUAUUUUGUUGCAUUAUUGGACUAUUGUUUUUGUUAUUAAUAUCAUUGCGUUGUUGUUCUAAAAAGCCUUGCUUCA